GGCGCUCCUACUCCUAUAUCCUUCGCUCUCUGUACCGGGCCUGGCUCUCAGGAGGAAGCAAGCGAUCAGCAAACUUGCACUUGGUGCGUGAACCACCCAGGCCCCAGCCGAGGACCUCGAAGCUCAGACCUCAGGCACCCUUCCAGCGGUCUGGAGCCAGGCUGAGUCACGUGACGUGCUCCAGCCAAUGGGCCCGCCGCCGGUGGAGCGUCGCGGAUAAAGGCGCCUGUCGCUGCCCGCUAGCGGCCGCCAUUGGGGUGAGAGCUGGCGGCGACGGACUGUAGAGAACUGCUUCCCUGGACCGCUUCAUCUUGUGCAAGCUGAAAGGAGCGAUCUGAGAAGUCCUUUCCACAAGGGGUAAGGGAACCCCAGCGGGAAGCACUACUCUGGAAUCCAGGCCCUCGCUGUCACCCUGGGAAUUUAUAGACUUUUCCUGCUAAGACAAUUUGUGUUUAAGAAAGGCAGAAAGAAAUUACUGUAAAACAUUGGAGUAACUUAAAUCACCCAAAACGAAGGCAUACAUAAUGAAACCACUUUUAGUACUUACAUAGAAAAAGGAUAUGUACCUGUAGACAAUACUAGAAUAUAAGGAUUUGAAGCAGUUGAGAAUGUCUCUGCCAAGUCGACAAACAGCUAUUGUUAACCCUCCACCACCAGAGUAUAUAAAUACUAAGAAAAAUGGGCGAUUGACGAAUCAGCUGCAGUAUCUACAGAAGGUUGUCCUGAAGGCUUUGUGGAAGCAUCGUUUCUCCUGGCCUUUUCAGCAGCCUGUGGAUGCUGUCAAACUAAAGUUGCCUGAUUAUUAUACCAUUAUAAAAAACCCAAUGGAUUUAAACACAAUCAAGAAGCGCUUGGAACAUAAAUAUUAUGUGAAAGCUUCGGAAUGUAUAGAAGAUUUCAAUACAAUGUUCUCAAAUUGUUAUUUAUACAACAAGCCUGGAGAUGACAUUGUUCUUAUGGCUCAAGCUCUAGAAAAGCUGUUCAGGCAGAAAUUAUCUCAGAUGCCACAAGAAGAACAAGUUGUGGGUGGUAAGGAAAGAAUAAAGAAAGGUACUCAACAGAAUAUGACAGUUUCUAUUAAAGGAAAACAGUCCCCCAAAGCACUGGGAAAACUGCUUACACAGCAAGUAAUUCCUUCUGUAUUUCCUGAAACAUCUGUUUCUCCUUCAAACCUGGCACAAGGUGCUCCACUCAACACUGUCUCACAAACAGUCACCCAGGUUACAAAGGGUGUGAAGAGGAAAGCAGAUACAACAACUCCUACAACUUCAGUAGUUAAAGCAAGUGGUGAAUCUUCCCCAACACUUACAGAAAAAAAAUCAGGGAAACUGCCACUUAUAAAAGAAAAUACGCUAAAGAAUGUUUUGCCGGAUUCUCAGCAACAAUAUAAAGUUGUAAAGAAUGCUAAAGUAACCGAACAAUUAAGGCACUGUAGUGAGAUUCUUAAAGAAAUGCUUGGAAAGAAACAUUUGUCAUACGCAUGGCCCUUUUAUAAUCCUGUUGAUGUUAAUGCUUUGGGACUCCAUAACUACUAUGAUAUUGUGAAAACCCCAAUGGAUCUUGGCACCAUCAAGGCAAAAAUGGAUAACCAGGAAUAUAAAGAUGCAUAUGAAUUUGCUGCAGAUGUUAGAUUAAUGUUCAUGAACUGCUAUAAGUACAACCCUCCAGACCAUGAAGUGGUUACAAUGGCAAGGAUGCUUCAGGAUGUUUUCGAAAUGCAUUUUGCAAAGAUCCCAGAUGAACCUGUUGAGAGUAUGCCUGUAUGUUACAUCAAAACAGAUACCACAAAAACCCUUGGUAGAGAAAGCAGUAAUGGAGCUUCUUCUGAAGAUAACUCUUCUGGUAAUUCUGAAGAUGAACGAGUUCAGCGUCUUGCAAAGCUUCAGGAGCAGCUUCAAGCUGUUCAUCAACAGCUACAGGUUUUGUCCCAAGUACCUUUUCGUAAGCUAAAGAGAAAGAAUGAGAAGUCUAAAAGGGAAAAGAAAAAAGAAAAGAUUGAUAACAGAGAUGAAAAUUCAAGGAAAAAGUUUAAGCAAAUGAAACUAAAGGAAAAAUCCAAGCGCAAUCUGCCAAAGACGAGGAAACCACAGGUCUUCACUAUGAAAUCUGAAGAUGAAGAUAAUGCAAAACCUAUGAACUACGAUGAGAAAAGACAGUUGAGUUUGGAUAUAAACAAACUCCCCGGAGAUAAACUUGGGCGAGUCGUUCAUAUAAUACAAUCCAGAGAGCCUUCAUUGAGAAAUUCCAACCCUGAUGAAAUAGAGAUAGACUUUGAAACACUGAAAUCGUCAACACUGAGAGAACUGCAAAAAUAUGUUGCUGGAUGUCUAAGAAAAAGAUCACUAAAACCUAAUGGUAAGAAAACAAUGAAGUCAAGAGAAGAACUUCAUUCAGAGAAAAAACUAGAGUUGGAAAAGCGGUUACUGGAUGUCAAUAAUCAGUUAAAUUCUAGAAAACGUCAAACAAAACCUGAGAAAACUCAAUCAUCCAAGGCCAUUGGAAGUGGUUCCCGGCUGAGUGAAAGUAGCAGCAGUAGCAGCAGCAGUAGUUCAUCAGAGUCUGAAAGUAGUAGCAGUGAUUCAAGUUCUUCAGACAGCAGUGAUUCCGAAUCAGAAAUGUUUCCUAAAUUUACUGGAGUAAAACAGAAUGAUUCUCCUAAAGAGAGAUUACAGGUAAAGUCUUCUGUGCAAGAUACAACCUCUGGGGUAACUAGCCUGGUUCAUCAGACUGCAUGUUCAAAUGGAACACCACCAAACCACCACCAAUUAGUAUUUAAUCAUCAAGAACCAGAACAUUCACAGAGUGUGGAAAACAUUUCACCUUUACAAAUUCUGCCUCUUUUAGAUGAUUCUGAACAACUUCUGAAUGGCCUAACUGUGAUGCCUCAGUCCAGUGAUAAUGACACAGUGAUGUUAGAAUCAGAAUAUCAAGGUCAAGUUCCAGUGCAAAAGGAUAUAAAGAUCAAGAAUGCAGAUUCUUGGAAAAGUUUAGGCAAACCGGUCAAAACAUCAGGUGUACUGAAAUCAUCAGAUGAGCUCUUCAACCAGUUUAGAAAAGCAGCAAUAGAAAAGGAAGUAAGAGCUCGAACACAGGAACUAAUACGGAAACAUCUGGAACAGAAUACAAAGGAACCAAAAGUAUUUCAAGAAAAUCAGAGGGACCAUGGCUUCACUCUAGAAUCUUUUCCAAAUAAAAUGCAAAACAAGUGUCUUGAAGAAGAACAAAAAGAAGAUCAGCAGUCACAGGAAGCUCAAGAUAAAGACAAACUGUGGCUUCUGAAAGACCGAAAUUUAGCACGGGAGAAAGAGCAAGAGCGGAGGAGAAGAGAAGCAAUGGCUGGUACCAUUGAUAUGACUCUUCAAAGUGACAUUAUGACAAUGUUUGAAAACAACUUUGAUUACAACUCAGUUUUUUGAUUAACCAUCAACUUAAAUGAAUUAUAAAAGAUUAAAAAGCAAAUGGGAGUUGUCCUUUAAUGGAGUUCAGGCCUCUUUUUGGAGUAUAGGGCCCUUUUGUAAUGUAAAUAAUGUUUCAAUGAGCCAUGAUUCUGCCUGGGUUUCUUUAAAUGACUGUGUGGCAAAAUGUGGGGCCUACAAGCAGGGUUGUUUUGUUUUGUUAAUUUAUUAUUUUAUUUACUUUUUAAAAUUGAAGUAUAAUUCAUCUGUAAUACUCUGUUAGUUCCAGGUGUACAACAUAGUGAUUCCAUAUGUCUGUAUAUUACAAAAUGAUCACCAUGAGUUUGUAACUUUUAAAACAGAUAUUUGUCUGCCUUCAGAAAUAUUUAGAACCUCUAACAAAUAACACCUGGUUUCUUUGAGUGUCAGAUUUCAUAAGAUUCUCUAUUGGUUCUAUAUUCAAAAUUUAUAUUUAUUAUCUAUGGUUUGAAAGAUGUUAAAUUUGAGACAGAAUAACAGUGAAUAUUAAUUAUGUAUGUGUCUAAGAAUCUAUACAUUUCUUAAUAUGCAUGUGAUAGCAAUGGAUGUCUAAAUUUUUACUUAACUAUACUAAGUAUUUAAAUCUGUGAAAUAUUUUGUUUCAUCACCCUCAAGUUGGAAUUAUGUAUAAAUUAUGUAUAUCAGCUUCAUCUAUUUUAAAAUUUGGACUCUUGUAAAAUUCAGGCACUAUUCCAGUAUCAUCUAAAGUGAAAAUUCGAAGUGUAUAUGUAUUAUAGAGAGAAAGAGAAAGUUUUCUUGGCUUUAUUUAUUUUUAUAAUCAAUAUGAUAAUUUUUUGAAAUAUCUUUAAGCUGUCAACCAUUUUAAAAAUAUGAUUAACUAGAGGCUGAAAUGGUGGUGAUACCUUCAUGAAACAGCCAGAAUAAAAGUCAUAGUCAUACAUAUUAUACUAUAUUUUUAACCAAGAAAUUAGUAUGUAUAUAUUAAACAGUAUACAUUGUUAUUUUCCUAAAAGAGCAUAUGGACUUAUCUAUAUAUUCUAAUUUAUAUUUAUAUAUAGUCUAAUUUAUAUAUAUAUAUAUAUAUAUAGUCUUAGAUACAUGAGAAAUGCAUAGUGGUUACCUCUAGGUGAUGGGGUUAUAGGGUUUUGUUUUGUUUUUUUCUUUUUCUUUAGACCUUUCAAUAUUUUCUGGUUCAUUUAAAUAUUUAUUAUGUAAUGCUUUUAAGAUCUAUGGGAAAUUUUCUAUUUUGAAGAGAAUAAAAAUACUAAAUAAGAAUUUACUCUGUCAAAUACACAUUAACUCUUUUCAACAACUGCCUUUAAAUAAUAAAAAACUGCUCAGUGAA